CUUCUCGUAACCAUGGCUUCUCGCAACGUGUGUAUGGUGGGCAUGCACUUUGACCGCCCCGGUGCCCCCAGGGUGUACUCUCGCAACGCCAGUGUUUGGUCCGAGUAUGAGAUCGCCAGAAAGGAAAAAUUCAACAUCUCUACAGAAAGGAGGAUCACUGUUGGAGAAGUUGAAGUAAAGUACAUCCCUGAGAAGCCUCUGUCCGAGCGGCUGGCGGGUCUCUCCUCACUCCACAUCUCCAAAGUCCGACGGAUUAUCUAAAUGGCCACGUCCGCGUCCCUUACCCUCCCCGCCCGCUCGUCGGUGACACACGUCCAGUAGGUUAAGCCGCCAGCAUGGAUGAAAAGAAGAAGUGGAAGAGGAAGCUGCCUUAUCGCAUCUAUGACUACAACUACAGGGUCGGCGAGAGCUACUACAACCCGCAAACCGACUACAUCGAGAACCGUGAACUGCUGCGGUCCAAACAACAGCCUCCCGAAGCCGCCUCCUACGCUGAACGCUUCGCCAACAAGCCUUUUUAUGGUAAGACUCGAGGCCUCCCUUAUGAAACCAACGAGUCAGCCUUGUCUCAGCCCUUAGUGAACCGUCGCGCUUCAAGUGGUGGUCGGUCCUCCAGAGGGAGCGAACCUGAUGACAUCCCGCAGCCAUCGAGGUCAGGACGCAACCGAGACCGAAAGCUGUCGUUCAGUUUUGACGAACCAGAACCCGAACCUCGCAGGCGAUUCUCGCUAGUUGACGAUCUAGACUUCAAAAUACCAGUUAGGAGAUACAUCGACUCGGAUUUUGGGUUCAAGACCUCCGUUGGUAAAGAUGCAGUUAGUGGUGACGACUUCGGGAUCAACCCUGCAGCAAAAAAGGGCCUCAUGGAUGAUAUCAAAAAACUUGAGAAAAAAUUCCAGAAGGCUGACCUUAUUGAGAGAGGAACAGGCUCACGAGCCAAGAAGUGGGAGGAAGUGGUGUACAACGAGGCCCUGGACGCCCCGGGCAAAAGGACUGUCAAACAGGAUCAAGCGUCGUACACGAUCCCUGGCACAGGUUCGACGGUCCGAAAGAGUUCUUACCAAGAGACCAGCAAGUUCGAAUCUUCCAAACCUCCGAGAGCUCCCCCGAGGCCAUCUCGUCUCCUAAGCUUAGAAGAUGAUGCUGACUUUAAGCUGCCGCCGAGGCCGAGACGUCGCAAUGUCAGUCUUAGCGACGAUGACUUCAGUUUCUCCUCCUCACGCUCCAUUAAGAGCAUCGUUGACGAUGAAGACAAGAAGUUCCGCUCAGCCAAGAAAAUGUUCGACCAGAGGAAGGCGCAGGAGUCAGAAGAGCUGACCGACAACAUCAACAAAAUGAUCAAGAAGAUGAGGAAACACAGCAUCGGAGACGGUGACGCUUAUAAGUACAGCAGGACUCUCCGCUCCUCCUCCCUUGACCCCUAUGAGAGCGAGCCCAGGGUGAAGUCUCGAUCGCACCAGUUCACGUACGGUUUCUCCAAGUAAAGCAUCUCACUUUCUUCUCUCUUGAAACUUUUAGAUAAAUUGUUCUUAUACUCCAUCAGAUCAACUUUUUCUUGUUAUAAUGCGUAUGGCAUCUACACUGAUACUUCUCCUUUAUAUACUAUUAGGCCCCUAAUGUAACGAAAAAUAUAUAGAUAUAUAUUUAUAUAUUUAAGAUUCAUCUGAAGGUUGUUGAGCAGUUAACGCUUGUGUCACAUCUUAAUCUAAGACAGACUCAGUAAUGCAGGUGUAAAAGACAUAUGUCUAUGAGAGACCAUACUUUAUCUUCAUGAGAUAGUGGUUAAUCAUCCUGUGGACAAUAGAGCUUGUAAAUAGUAAGCUGCUGUAUGAUACAAGAUAGUCUCAUAUUCUAGCUUCCUAUUGGCGGGUUUUAUUUGGUUUUCAUUUUGCUCGUCUUGACGCGCUUAGGCAGCUUCCGGUGACGUCAUCAGUGACGAGGAGAUGUAUUGGAUCAUAGCCCCUGUAAAAUUAUUGAAAUUGUCCAAUUAUAUCUAACUUUGCUGUGAUGUCAUCGACAAUCUAAUUGGACUAACACUCUAUGGCUUGUAUUCGUCUAUGUUUAGAUUUUUUUGUCAGUUUUGUCUCUAUAUUCCCUUGAUGCUGAUUGGUCACUCCACGUGACACCAAAAUCACUUGGUAACCCAAAAUUCUCCUAUUGUGAAGCCAUCCACUCUGAGAUUAUUGCUCUUGUUAACUAAUUGUAUAUUUUAAAAUAUAAAUAAAAGUACAACAAUAAA